AUGUUUUGGUGGUAUUCAACACGUCGACAAGAUUUCUUGCGUACUGGUCUAUUGAUUGGUAUUAUUUGGUUAACAUUGUAUACAUAUCAAUUAUACUAUUUUUAUAGAACUGAUGUACGACAAUAUCAACAAAAACAAUAUUCAUAUUUAAAUCAUAAAUUUUAUGAACGUAUUCUAUGUUUUUUUAUAAAUAAUAAAUAUUGUUUAAGACAACCAAAAACAUUAUCAUCAAUAUAUGAUCGUAAUUUAUCAAAUAUUUUACGAGAACAACCAUUAUUAUAUCAAUAUGCAAUAGCACCACAUUUUAUUAAUUUUAAAAGUUUAUUAAAAACAUUUAUACCACGAAUAAAUAAACAAUAUUUAGUUUAUGUUUGUGAUAGACCAUGUGGUGGAUGGGGUGAUAGAACAAGAAAAAUUGUUGGCGCUUAUUUAUUAUCAUUAGCAUUAAAUCGAACAUUUAUAAUUAAUAUUACAUGGCCAUGUCCAAUACUUGAUAUUUUUGAACCAAAUAUAAUUAAAUGGAAUUCAAAAAUAUAUCAAAAUAAUAAAUCAACAAAUUUAACUGUAUUAACUCUUAGUGCAACUGAUAAUGAUUAUCGUGAAGUAUUAAGUUGGAAAUCAUAUGAUAUUAUUUAUUUUAAAACAAAAGAUUUAGGUUAUUAUUCAAUGUUAUUAUGGCGAGAUGAUUUAUAUCAAAGAUUACAAUAUUAUGGUUUUCAACGUUCAACAUUAUUUAUUCAUAGUGUAUUUACAUUAAUUUAUGAAUUAUUAUUUAAAUUAAAAAAACAUCCUAAAAAUCAUAUUGAUGAUAUUGUACAUAAUUAUGAAUUAAAUAAUGAACGAACAAAUUUAUUUUGUGCACAUAUUCGAAUUGGACGAAAUCCAUCAAAUCCAAAUGAUAAUAUAUUUCCUAAACGUGAAAAAAUGAAUAUAACUGUUAUUAAUUUUCUUCGAAAACAAUUAAAUGAUCAAUGUAAUAAUAAAACAUUAUCAUCAUUAUGUAAUUAUACAAAAAUAUUUGUAACAACAGAUUCAGAACAAGUACAAACAUAUGUACAAAAACAAUUUGGAAAACAUUUAUUAAAUAUUGAAGGUCUCAUUCGACAUAUUGAUCGUGCAGCUCAAAAAGUUGCUUGUGAAUCAUUAGAAAAGACAAUUUUAGAUUUUCAAAUGAUUAGUUAUUGUAAUUCCAUGAUCAUGAGUAAAAGUGCAUUUAGUUUUUGGUCAAAUGUUCGACGAUUAAAACCUUAUGAGAAGACGUAUAUUUAUUGUGAUGGUAUUAAAAGUAUAAGACGAGCUGGUGAUUAUGAAAAAUAUCCAUAUGGAUCAUGUUGA